AUUUUCAAAUAGUGGAGAACCGUAUUCUAGUGGAAUAUAUGGAUCGUAUUUGGAAACGAUCUAUGAAAUAUGUUUGAAUGCUGUGACACCAUAGACUUCGUUGCUUGGUAUUUUAGUACGUAUAUUCAGAAAGUUCUACCGCGAUUACGUCUGUUUGCCGAUAUUUUCGUCUAGAUCUUAAUUCAGUAACAAAAUGCACUCCAGUGGUCGAAAGAGCAAAACUUGGUAACCGCAGUAAAAGAGUAAAAGCCAACGUAUCGCAAAACACGGGUUCAAUUCAGAGGAGGAUACGCUUCAAUUGAAGGCUGACUUCUGCAGAAUCAUGCUAAGAAUCGUAACCAACAAGGUUAUCAGAAAACCUAAAACAAUUGUGUCCACUAUCGUCUUCAUGUCUGUACUACUUUAUCUUCAAUACUCUUUGAGUUUAAAAGCCAAACUAAGAGGAGAGUACACAAUAUUCCAGGAUGCCAGACUUGCAUUACUGGACAAUGAUUCAACAUUUCACAAUUUUUCAACUUUACCAGCCCACCUUACUGAGCUAUCAUUGUUCGAUGAUGAAAACAUCACGUCAACGUUAAAAAUUGGACACGUGAACGUUCACCUUUGGAAGAAAAUUUGUUCAAUUACAUUAGACAGCCUGAAAGAGUAUCCUCUCUUUCCCCAUUGGCCAGAUGUUCGAGGUUGUCCCAAAAUGCCUGAUAAUCUUGUAUCGAUAAUGCAUGGUUCUUGGAAUGCACAAAGGGUAAUGGGCCUUUUACACCCGCCAAUUUCUGGUCUCUACCAGUUUGAAAUUGCUUCAAAUUUCAUGUCAGAAUUUUGGCUGAGCCCUAGUAGGGUUCCAUCUCAUGCUAUUCUAAUGGCUAGAAUCAAUAAAAACACUCUGCAUGGCCUAGCAUACUCUAAAGGAGUGCACAUUCCAAGUUCAAAAGCUGUCCAUCUGAAAAGUGGAAAGCAGUACUACUUUGAAGUGCUCAACGUUAUCAAUAAUUUCAACUACGAACAAGUCCAGAUCAAGUGGAAGAUACCGGGGUCCACUGUGUUUUCGAAUAUUUUGAAUGAGUAUAUAUCUACGGUGUUGAUCAAUGAUACUAGUCUAGAUGCUAGAACAAGAACGGUCGUUCAAAUGUCACCAAGUAUUCAUUCAGAUGAAACACUAAAAAGACCCAAUCAACAAACAUGGCAGAAUGAUAUAACGACGACGUUUGGUCGUUUCUUUAAUACGUCAUUUACCAUGCAAAAACUCGAUGACUUAAUGUUUCUAAAGCAGGAAAUACUAGCCACAGCAUUCAACCAGUGCACCUAUUCACCUAGCUAUACCAAAAACCUUGACUUUAAGCCGUAUAGAGGGGUUUAUUUUACCCAUUUCUCUGAUGUUUUCCCGGCGGAUGACACUGGCGGGAAAGUCUGGAAGGGUUAUGUGGAAAAAGAAGAUCAUCGUGGCAACACUUUGAUUGAAGAACCAGUGGUGAUAGAUGUGGUGAAAAAGUUUAUGUCUUCGUUGGAAGAUACUUACCCAAAGCAAUUUUCUCUGGCGAACAUAGUGAGGGUAGAACGCAAUGUAGAUGCAAAACUCGGAAAUCGAUUCUUCCUGGAAAUGGUCCUACAAAAUAACAACACCCAUCUUUAUCACCGUGUAUCAGGGUAUUUUUUUCUACCCCAAAACAGCUCCGUUCUUUGCAUACCUGAAGGAAUGAUCUGGAAGCCUCGGGUUUUGAUUAACGUCAUUAUAAACACCAAAAACCAAGGUCCUUGGGUCGAACAUUAUAUCAGAAAUAUCGGUCGAGUGAUUAGAGAAACGCACGAUGAAAUGAUCAGGAUUAUAAUAGUGGAUUAUGGAAACAAUGGACUCGAACCUGAAAAGGAAUUUAAGAGGAAUGGUAUCACCAAUUUCGAAGUYAUCAAACAAAAUGGAAAAUUCCACAAAACCUUUGCCAUCGAACUUGCCGUGGACAGCAUCAAGGAUCCCAACAGCAUUGUUUUCCUCACCGACCUUCAUUUGCACAUGCCCAAUGAUAUUUUUGAUAGCGUGCGAAAACACACGAUACAAGGCAAGAUGUGUUACACUCCCGUUGUCUUCCGUUUGAAACACUGCUCAAGACCCGAGACAGAACAAACUUCUGUCACGGGUUUUUGGGAUAGCUAUGCUUUUGGAGUUUUCAGUACCUACAAGACUGAUUGGAACUAUUUUGGUGGUUUAAAUGUUACAGCCUUCCAAAACAAGUGGGGUGGAGAAGAUUGGGAGAUGGUUGACAGAAUUUUAAAGAAAGAACUUGAGAUUGAGCGCCUAAGGUUGCCACAUUUUUAUCACUUUUUUCAUGAUAAGAAUAAUAUGUGGGAUAACGCGGUGUAACGUGUAGUCUCGUGGGCAUAGAAUACCCAUUAUUCUACACAGUCAUCGUAUACUACACGGUCAUAGUAUACUACGCAGUCAUCUUAUACUACACGGUCAUCGUAUACUACACGGUCAUCGUAUACUACACGGUCAUCGUAUGCUACACGGUCAUCGUAUACUACACGGUCAUCGUAUGCUACACAGUCAUCGUAUACUACACAGUCAUCUUAUACUACACGGUCAUCGUAUACUACACGGUCAUCGUAUACUACACGGUCAUCGUAUACUACACGGUCAUCGUAUGCUACACAGUCAUCGUAUACUACACGGUCAUCUUAUACUACAC